GUUGUUAGCUGUUUGUUCUGUCGGAGGGAGACAUCAAGGAGACGCAGAAUUUUUUAAAAAAUGGAAAAUGAGAGCAAGAGAAAAAUGAAGGAGAAAUUUGGCCUGAGGCGGGACAUCUUUAAGGAGUUCCUGGCGGAAUUUCUGGGGAUAUUUGUCCUAAUACUCUUUGGAUGUGGUUCAGUGGCCCAAACGGUGCUGAGUAAAGGGGCUCUCGGGGAGCCCUUAACUAUCCACAUUGGUUUCACUCUGGGAGUCAUGAUGGCCGUCUACAUGGCAGGGGGAGUGUCAGGGGCUCACGUGAACCCUGCUGUCUCACUUGCCAUGGUGAUACUUGGGAAACUACCAGUGAAGAAGUUCCCUGUGUAUGUGGUGGCACAGUUCCUGGGGGCUUUUGCUGGAUCCUGUGCUGUCUAUGGGCUUUAUUAUGAUGCUUUGAUGGAAUACACCAAUGGAGAAUUUGCCGUUACUGGUGUGAAUGCCACAGCCAACAUAUUUGCAUCUUAUCCUGCUAAACACCUCUCAGUCGUAAAUGGAUUUGUUGACCAGGUGAUUGCAACCGCUGCACUGAUCCUGUGCAUCCUGGCCAUUACUGACAAGAAGAAUAUUGGUGCUCCACAAGGCAUGGAGCCUCUGUGCAUCGGCCUAAUCAUCAUGGCUAUCGGAGUGUCAAUGGGUCUAAACUGUGGCUAUCCAAUCAACCCAGCAAGAGACCUCGGCCCACGGUUCUUCACUGCGGUGGCUGGAUGGGGCAUGGAUGUGUUCAGAGCUGGGGGAUGCUGGUGGUGGAUCCCUGUGGCGGGGCCCAUGGUGGGUGGAGCAGUUGGAGCUGGUAUUUACUUUCUCUUCAUUGAGCUGCACCAUCCCGAGCCUGAAAAACAAGAGGAAAACAACGUCCAGGACAAAUAUGAAAUGAUAACGAUGAGUUAAAAUGAAAAAUAAGGGCUGCUGAGUGUAACAACAAAGCUGUGGCAGAUGAUUCAUUCUCGCCUCAGAAGGCAAAACCAUUUGUCUAAAUGAGUUAGAUACAUUAUGCAACAGAUAUUCACUGUUUUCAAAAAUGUACAUGUCAUGAUAACUAUGAGGCAUGCAUCUGGCUAUACAUAGUCAUUUAUACAUUAUGCAUGAAUGUUUUAUAUGGCUUUUAAGUCUUUUUUGUGGUCUAGUAAUAAGCUUCAGGUUUAAUUUGUCAGGGACUCAUAUACCAAAAACAUUAAACCUUCUUACAAUAUAUAUUCUUUUUAUACAUACAUACUUUUAUUUUCAUUAUAUCAUAAUCGUCUGUAGAGAUCCUCUGCAUUAUAGCCAUGCAGUAUUCUUUAUAGUAUCCCACUGGGAUAAUCUCGUCUCAUUAGAAAUAUUUGCCAAGUUUCUGUACAUCAUUUUGAUUUUUUUUGAUUUUUUUUUUUACGACUAUCUACCUAUCAAACAAAAAGGGGCAUUAAAUAUAUUUAGCACUUAGGAAAUGGCUGAUAAACUUUGACAAAAUAUGGAAAUGUAGCAAUUUAUAUUAUUUUUAGCUGAUGUGUUACAGUGAUGUAUGUAUUUUUUGGAGAGACCUCAUUAUUCUCUUUCACUUCAUUCUUUGCAUGUGUGUAAAGGAACUUGUGUGAUUGAUGGCUUUAUCUUGCUUUCAGAGCUGUAGAUGUAUUAUAUUAAUUUAGAAAAUCCAGCCUUAAAGGAUUAUACUGGUGUUGCUUACUUUUCUACUUAUCUCCAUUUUUCUUCUGUUCCAAAUCCACCUGAUGUGACAUAUGUUAUGAAAAGCCAUAACCAAACUUAAAAAUCUGCUUUCUGCAAGAAGUUGUAAUUUAGUUUAGAGUCAUUACAUACUUUUCAGGGACCCAUAUGCAAAGACUGACUGUAAUUGUUUACAUUAAAAAACUAUUUGAAGCUGAGAUCAAAUAUUUAAUAAAACACUUUUGUUUCCAGUCUGUAGCUGAUGCUGAUUUUACUACAGCAUAGUACAUCACUGUAAAUCUGCCAGAGAGAAACACUGCCAACAUCCCAGCAAGAAAGUAUUUGGAAGAAACAAUACUGUUAUUUUCCUUUAUUAAUGUGCUUUCCUACUGAGAUAUAUUGAGAUUCAUACUGUUUAUAUCCUGUCAGCACACAUAUGUGGAUUCACAAACACCAUGACCAAAUAGUACACAUUUUAAAUCAGCAUGGAUAAAUGGAGAAAAUGCUGUCCGGGACACUGUAUUUAGACCUUAAUGUGAAUGUGAUGAUUGUUGUCAGUUGAACAGACAUUUUUUUAAAAUACAUGAAUUGUGAGAUUAUAUUGCAUUAAAGUGAAUUACAUUUUAUAGCAGUACAAGACACUUGUUCAGCAAAGUGACAAUCAGCUAAAUUCAGAGGUUUUGUGUGUGAUGCUGUUCAGUUCACCAUGUUAGUUACAUUUAUAACCCUGUAUGUGGCUUAUAUUUGACCGAGAGUAAUCACUGUACACUGUUGUCUCAAUGAAUGUUCAGUUCUUGCAGUGAGGUGGUUUAUAUUUUGGCACUUGUAUUUCCCUGUCAUACACUUUGAUGCUUCUGUCUUGCAUGGCAACCUGUCAGGAAGUAACAUUUUCAUCUUUUUUCGUGUUGUUUUUUGUGUGCUCAUUUUAAGCUGCUUAUUUUUUCUAAGGCAGUUUCCUAACAGGAUGUUGUUAAGUACUAUACAUCUGAAUCAACACCUUUUCUGUUACACCCUUCAGUGUACCUUACUAUGAAAUAAAGUUUGUUAAAAUUA